AUGACUGAGGUGGGCAGUCCAGUUGCACAUGCUUCAUGUGGCCAUCACGUGCAGAGCCAUCCCGGACGAAUCCGAGCCCAGACGGACCACAGCGCCCACUUCUCGAGGUUCCACUACCGGGAGUCGCUCAAUCAGCUCGAGUAUGCGCAGCGCUUGCUCAAUGCCCGAGCUUCAACCUUUAGCACUGCGCUUGAGCUCCGAUGGGAGUUCCGCGGGUGCAGUGGGUCAACUCACCUCUCAUGGCCUGCAUCCUCGGUCAAGUGCCGUGCCAGGACAACUCAGCACAAACACGUGCCUGGUGAAGUGUCGAAGCGCUGGCCAUGUUGCGACCGUGAGGCAAGUGCAAUGGCCACUCCCAUGUGGCCUUACGAAUCCUCUGCCUACCAAGAGGAAGAAGCCAGGAGCACCGUCAAGAGAGAGAUCGAGAAGAGGGAAACUAUGCUUCUGUUGGGUGCUCUGGGCCUCGCCCUGGGCGCGGGACCGAGCCUCCGUGGCACCAGGUUGCAACUCAACAGCCUGGGCCCCGAGGCUUGCAGGGACCUCCGAGACCUGCUGCUGCACAACCAGUGCCAGGUCACCACUCUCCGGCUGUCCAACAACCCACUGACAGCAGCAGGCGUUGCCUUACUGAUGGAGGGGCUGGCAGGCAACACCUCGCUGACACACCUGUCCCUGCUGCACACUGACCUUGGAGAUGAGGGGCUGGAGCUGCUGGCUGCCCACCUGGACCGUAACAGGCAACUGCAGGAGCUGAACGUGGCCUACAAUGGUGCUGGUGAUGCAGCAGCCCUGGCCUUGGCUAAGGCUGCUCGGGAGCAUCCUUCUCUGGAGCUGCUGCACCUCUACUUCAAUGAGCUGAGUUCAGAGGGCCGCCAGGUCCUGCGGGACUUGGGGGGCUCUGGUGAAGGUGGUGCCCGGGUUGUAGCCUCACUAACAGAAGGAGCAGCAGUGUCUGAAUACUGGUCAGUGAUCCUUAGUGAAGUCCAGCGCAACCUCAACAGCUGGGACCCGGCUCGGGUCCAGAGCCAUCUCAAGCUUCUGCUUCGGGAUCUGGAAGAUAGCCGAGGUGCCACCCUUAAUCCUUGGCGCAAGGCUCAGCUGCUUCGAGUGGAGAGUGAGGUCAAGACCCUUCUGGAGCAGCUGGGAGGCUCUGGGUGCUGAGACAGUGACAGCUGUGACCUAUCUGUGGGACCACUGGCCCCCAAACCCUUCCCUCUAUGGCUUGCUGGCAUGCACAACUCCUUCCAGAAAGAUCUGCAGUCAAAGCAAUGGGCACAACUAUGCUGCUCUGACCCACAACAAGUCCAGCGAGGGCCCUAAGCUAGACUUCCCAAGGUCAAAGAUGGUGAGUCGAUGCUUGGAUAUGGAGCAUAUCACCUCUUCUUUUGCCUAGAAGGACUAAGAAGACUAUGAUGCACAAGUGACAAAUUGCCUUGUGGCACCGACCUUGCCUCUCCCUCCUCUGAUGGUGUUACCAUGGGGCACACCUCUCAUGUCUGCUGUGCUGGGGCUUCUGCCAUCCAGCAGAUGUACUGGAUGGCUUCUCAUUCCUGCCUUAUGUUCACCUCUGGACACAAAAUGCCCUCACGUGGUGCUUUUGCCAACCUCAUGUCCCCUCAACUAUACAGGUAUCGAUGGCUCCAAGGCCACUAGGGAUAAGUGUGCUCACCUUGCGGCUAUUAAAAAGCUGUGUGUCUUCCA